AUGAUACCCUCAUCUAGUAAUAGUAAUAACAACAACGGAGAUGAGAAACCAAUUGAAACUGUAAAUAUUGAAGACCAAAUUGCAUUAAAAAAGAGGAAAAAGGAAGAAAAAGAGGCUAAAAAGAAAAAACAAAAAUGUGAUCAAAUCUUGGAUGAUUUGGACAAUGAAGUCACAAAGAAGGCACAAGAAACGCUUGUCCGAGAUAUAUUUAGUCAAAGAAAAGACAUUCAGUUUGACCAUUCAAAUCUCAUCCUCAAAGAAGACCACAAAUUGCGACCAAUUUGGAUUUGUUCUGGAACCGAUGGAUUGUUCCAUAUUUUCAUGGAGACUUUUUCUCCCAUCUAUCAACAAGCCUAUGAUUUUUUAGUUGCAGUGGCUGAGCCGGUUUCUCGUCCUGAGAACCUUCACGAAUACGUUCUGACUGAAUAUUCUCUUUUUGCUGCUGUUAGUAUUGGUAUGAACACCGAACAAAUAAUUCAAGUUUUGGAGAAGCUGAGCAAGGUAAAACUAUCAGACCCUUUAAUCAACUUCAUUAAGGAAGUGACAAGAAAAUACGGUAAUGUCAAACUGGUUCUACAGAAGAAUCGUUUUUUCAUCGAGUCGCAUCACUUAAGUGCCAUGGAAAAAUUAUAUGAUGAUUCAAUUAUCAGCUCAGCCGCCAUACCUACUGACCGAACAGAAUUUCCAAAUGUUGACAAGAGUGGAAGAUUCAUUAUUAGAUCAAGAUCAAAGCAAGCAGAGUUAGAAAAGUUCCAAAAGCAAGCAUUGGCUGCAAAUACUUCAUCUGUUCAAGGAAAAAUUCAGACUGAGAUGAUUCGUGCAGUCAAUCAAAUUGAUGAUGAAGAUGACGACACAGAUGAUUUUGACGUCUCUUCGGUUGUGGAAACAUACUAUCAAUUUGAGAUUAAUGCUAACGAAGUUGAACACGUAAAGAAGAGGUGCAUCGAAAUUGGCCUUCCUACUCUCGAAGAAUAUGAUUUUAGAAAUGAUGUUACUAAUAAGUCAUUAAGCAUCGAUCUUAAACCUACAACCACCAUCCGUUCUUAUCAAGAAAAAUCUUUAAGCAAAAUGUUCAGCAAUGGAAGAGCUAGAAGUGGCAUUAUUGUGUUACCAUGUGGCGCCGGAAAAACUUUGGUCGGAGUUACUGCUGCUUGUACUGUUAAAAAGAGAACACUUGUAUUGUGCAUUAACUCUGUGAGUGUUUUGCAGUGGAAAAACCAAUUUAAAUUAUGGAGUACCAUUGACGAAAAUCGUGUCAUUAUUUUCACAUCUCAAGACAAAGACCCUCUUCCUAAAGAUGAUGAGCCUUUGGUCAUUAUUACAACUUAUACCAUGCUUACACAUAAAGGAAAGAGAAGUGGUGAAUCAAAAGAAAUAAUGGACCACAUUGAAGGUAGAGAGUGGGGUUUACUACUCUUGGAUGAAGUGCACGUUGUGCCAGCCAACAUGUUCAGAAAUGUAUCCAGAGUGAAAUCUCAUUGUAAGCUUGGAUUAACAGUCACCCUUGUUCGUGAAGAUGCUAGAAUUGAAGAUUUGUACUUUUUGAUAGGUCCAAAAUUGUAUGAAGCUAACUGGCUAGACCUUCAAAAAAAGGGUCACCUUGCUAAUGUUCAAUGUGUAGAAGUUUGGUGCCCAAUGACUGCUGAAUUCUAUGCUGAAUAUCUAACUGCAAAUGCCAAGAAGAAAACGCUUUUCUAUGUGAUGAACCCAAACAAGUUCAGAGCCUGUGAAUUUUUGAUCAGAUAUCAUGAAAAGCAAGGAGACAAGAUUAUCGUGUUUAGUGACAAUGUUUUUUCAUUGCAAGAAUAUGCCGAAAGACUUAAAGUUCCAUAUAUUUAUGGUCAAACUAAACAACAGGAACGAGUUUAUUGGUUGAAUCAAUUCAGACAAGGUAAUCAGUUUAACACUAUUUUCAUCAGUAAGAUUGGAGACACAGCUAUUGACAUUCCAGAAGCAACUGUUAUCAUUCAAAUUUCCUCUCACUUUGGUAGUAGAAGACAAGAAGCACAACGUCUUGGACGUAUUUUGCGUCCAAAGGGAGGCGGGUUGAAAAAUCAACAAGCCUACUUUUACACAUUGGUCUCUCAAGAUACACAAGAAAUGUACUACUCAACCAAGAGACAACAAUUCUUAAUCAACCAAGGUUACAGCUUCAGGGUUUUGCCAGACAUCCAAAAGUACUAUGAGCAAGGUGCAAGUGAAUUAGGAUUGUCUUUAAGUCACAUGACAACCAAAAAAGAUGAACUGGAAAUGCUUGCUGUUGUGAAAAAAGCAGACGAUGCAAGAGGUCAGGAAGAAAAAAUUUCAGUGGAAGAUGAAAGCGCUCAACAACCAAGCUCUCUAGCACAACUUUCAGGAGGACAAGGUGUUGUUUAUCAAACCUUUGAUACAGGCAGUGGCUCGUCCAAGAAAAAGAAAAGUAAGGGUGCAGCCCCAACCGUUCAUCCUCUCUUCAAGAACAGAGCUUCCUCAUCCAAAGAUUAA